AUGAAUAAUGUUCUACUUCAUGAAGAUGAGAUGGAUCCAAAUACAGAAGAAUGUUUCAAUGCUAACAUCCAUAUGCUAAAUAAUGACCAGAGAAUCAUUUUUGAAAAUAUUCAACAGAGAAUUGAUAGAAAUGAAGGUGAUUUGAUAUUUAUUGAUGCACCCGGAGGUACUGGUAAAACCUUUCUUCUUAAUAUAUUACUGUCUUAUGUGCAUAAAAACAACCAGCUAGCUACUACAGCAUCAUCAGGCAUUGCUGCGACACUAUUGAAGCCAGGUUGCACUGCUCACUCUCGAUUCAAGCAGCCCAUACCGGUAAACUGUUAUUCAGCAUGCAAAAUAUCUCCUCUUAAUGUCACUGGCCGUUUGCUUCAUGAUGCACGCUUGAUUGUUUGGGACGAGGCACUAGUGUGUCAUCGUUAUCUAUUUGAAGCGCUGAAACGAACACUGAAGGAUGUAAUGAACAACGACUUGAUCUUUGGCGGCAAAUUGAUAAUUUUAGGUGGUGAUUUCCGUCAAAUUCUUCUAGUGGUUCGAAGAGCACAAAAGUCUUCUCUAAUUGGAGCAUGUUUGAAAAAAAAUCCGUAA